AUGCGCCAACUGACCACCAUCGUUGACGCCUUGAAGCGCGACCAAGACGUCAAACGCAAACUAAGUGCCACUGUUGACACCUUGAAGCGUAUUCGCGAGAUGAGUAAGACGAAAGGACCUUGUUACAGUGGUUACACAGUGUUCCGCGGAAUCUGCUACAAGGUCUACAGCACACCUAAGUCCUUCGGAGAUGCGGCCGCAUUCUGUCGUCAACAUGGCGGCACCCUCGCCAUGCCCCGAGACGCUGAGACCAACACCUUCCUGCUCUCCUUGUUCAAGCCUGGUCAGUUCUGGUUCGGUCUGCGCAAGGAAGGACGAUUUAAGUGGCUGGAUGGUUCUGCACUUGGAACGUACAACUACUGGGCUCCGGGGCAACCAAAUAACGAGGGGGGCAACCAAGACUGGCUGCGUGUAUUACAACCCCUAUAA